AUGAUUCACCAAGGGCACUUAAAUGAACUGUUAAGCGAUCGAAGAAGGUCCAACUUUGCUCAAGGACGCGAACAGCAUCCGGGCCCACCAAAACCACCUUCUCCAACUCGAAACUUUCAAAUAAUUAUUGGAGGGGGCGAUGGCGCAUUGAUCAACAGCGCAAAGUUCACAACCACCCACAAGCUCAAAUGGUCGAUCACUCACGAACGGUACGAUGAACUUGGAGAAAGUAUCAUCUUCGAUACGUCGGAUACCCACAAUUUGGUUUUUCCUCACUAUGAUGCUCUGGUUAUCGCUUUACACAUAUUAGAUACAGAUGUGAAACGUAUUAUGGUGGAUGAUGGGAGUUUUGCAUUAUCCACCCUCGAGUACUUACAAAGAUGA